UGGGCGGUAGAUUCAAGUUAAAAUGGCGGCGUUUCAUGUCCGUUACGAAAGAAUGCCAUGAUCGGCUGUAUUUCCGAUCGUUGAACUGUCAAACCAUCGGAUUUUUAACUACAGAGGAAAAAUGGACCCAACGGAAGAAAGCAUGGGUGGUGCUAGGGAAGAUGGAGGAGACAAACGUAUCAAACUAAAGAGAAUCAAGAAGAAGAAGUCAAAGUUCGACUUGAAUCUCUCAACAAAUAACAAGAUGUCCUUUUCAGCCAGGAUGAAUAUUACAGCAGCCAACUCGUCAGUGGUCAAGGCGUCCCUGAGGGCAAACAACAAGGCGUUGGCCCAGUCACUGGAGAAGGUCCGUCAGGAUCUUCGUGUAUCUUACGAGGUGAACAACGAUAUGAAGAAGGAGUUCCAGGACCUCCAGCUGCGCCUCAUGAACCUGGAACGUGUUGCUGGACUGAAGGACGACAGUCUGGAGAAGGAGGUUCAGCGAAGGAUAGAGGAUAAGACUCAACAGCUCAAGUACAUCCUGAGCAAGGUGAGUGUCCAUCUGCUGGAUGCUGGCAGCUGUCUGCAGGAUGCUCUCGACAAGUGUAUGGACCCCAGUCGCAUGUCCCUGGCUUCCAGCGCUCGCAACUCCUCCCUCGGGGCGUCAGAUGAUGCCUACUCCCCCAUCAACAGUGGCGCCACAAGCUCAAUCUACUAUAACCCGAACACAUUCUCCCGUGUGUCAGUGUCCCACCCCCAGCCGGUGCAGACCGUGGACCCCGCCCCAAUGGAGACCGACGCCCUACAGCAGCAGGGUGUUGACACUGUCCGCCAGGUGCAGGAAAUGACCAUGAUUCUGGAACAGUCUGUACUGGCUGAGGGGAACCUGCAUGACGACUGUGAGGACCUCCCUGCAGUUUCAGAAGGCCCCGUGUUAACGGAGACCGAAUCCAAGGAAGCGGUUUCCUCCAGCAUUUCAGAUAAAGUCUCACCCAAAUAUGUCAUUGAAGAAUCCCAAAGAAGUGGCCGAUCUAAAAGCAGGCAGAAGGCAGUGUCCAGUUCUAAUGGAGACUUGAUCAAGAGUCCAGAAGUGCUUAAUGUGAACACUUCAGAGCUCAAGAGAGAUCGCCGGGGGACAUUUGUUGUUCCCCCUCCCAAGCCUCAGCCAGAAGCUGAACCUGAAGACAGGUGUAAGCAGGAUCGUAGAGGAACAUUCGUCGUGAAGAAACCUGUUCCAGAAAGCAAAGAAAAGCCAAAGAAGGAUUCAAAGAGAGAGACAUUUGUAUUGAGCAGAAGCCCAGCUCUGCCAGAUCAGUCAGUCAAACCAGUAAUGGUGGAACAGGAAGAUGUAUUCAAAGUCCCUCUCCCUGUGUGUGAUCCUGACGAUGUCACCGUCUAUCUCAACAGUGAUAUGGAGCUGACAGAGGUGAUCAACGUUGAACAGAUUGCUGUCGCCAAACAAGCGGACAUGCCACCUCAUGAAGAUGAGAAUCCUAAAUCAGAGGUCAAGGAAAAGACAAAAACUGUUGAUAAAAAACCAACACAGACAGUUGAGAAAUCAAAGUCUAAGAUUGCAAAGUCGACCUCUCUUACUUCUAUAUCAGCCAAAGAGAAGAAGGACAUCAAAUUGUCCAAGAGUGAUUCUGAUGUUAGCAAGGAAUCUGAAGAAUCCAGCAAACCUGCUGUUGUCUUGCAGCUACGGAAACCUGGCAAGAUUGUUUUCACUGCAUCACGGAGAGAUUUUGAUGGAAGCAGAAAAGCAAUUCCAUCCAAGUUGCCCUCAAGGCCUAGAACUAAAAGUAAAAAGGAAAUUAAAGAUAUGAAGGACUCCAUUGCCACCAAUUUCCCUUCACCAAAGAAUAUCUUUGACUUCCAUGACAAGACGCCUGUCCAUCUUGCAGAGAAGAGUAGGGUCCAGCCCUCGGUGUAUGACAUCUCCAUAAAUGAUUCAAAUGUCCAGCCUUCAGUUGAGCAGCCCAACAAGAAAGAGAAUCAGUUAAAGGGAGAAACUGCAAAGAAAGAUGCCCAAAAAUGUGAUUCUGUAAGUGUCACUUACAGCAUGCCUUUGAAAGGAAGCCCGGAUGAGAAGAAGCUUGGAGCUAGAAGUCGAUCUAGAAGCAGAGGGCCCACUUCCCGGUCAAAGAGUCGAAGUAGAAAACCGACUUCAGAUACUGAAGUCGAAGGUGAAUCUGACAAAGAAGAAUCAGGAUUAAAAGGUUCUAGAUCCAAAGGUCGACGUGGGAGGUCACACAGUCGGGCCAGAAAAGAAGAUGCAAAUGAAGAAGAGAUGGAUGUCGAUGAUUCAGAUGAGAAAUGUAAUGAUAGAGGUCGGUCAAGGUCAAGAGGUUUGAUGACAAGGUCAAGGUCACAAAGUAGGAAACGACAGCCUGCUGAUGAGGAUGUUGAAAUGAAUGAUGAACAUGAGGAGAAAACGCCAAACCAAAACCAAAAUGAGAAAGAUGGUUUGGGGGUGGAAAAGAUUCAGAAAACUGGUAGGGGGAAAAGCCAGUCAGAUUCUGAUGAUGUGACAGAGGGUGAAGAUGCUCAGAUGAUGAACACUGAAGCUGGAGAGAUUCUUGAAAAAACACAUAGGAAACUAAAGAGCUCUAAACUUGCAAAUAAUGACACUGAAUUAACGCAGUCUGUGUCUGAAAUAGAUUCAUCUAAAUUUGUAUCCUCAAGAAAUGGCAGGAGUAAGAAGCGCAAACCAGAAAAUCAGACUGAAGAUUCAGCAAAGCAUAACGAAAAUGAGCCUGACAAACCAAAAUUGGGAGACAAGAGCAAAGAGUCCCUGGCAGUAGAGUCCCGAGAUACAGAUCCCGAAUGUAUACAACCUCUAGGCAGGGCUUCACGAACUGCCAAGACAAAAGCCAACAAUAUUAACAAAAUUCAGGCUGCAGUCUGCAGUGAUGAUGAAGAUCAGUCUGUUACAGAUGGGAAGAAGGCUGUGGAAGCAGGUGAUGAUUUGCAGGAUGAUUGGACAGCAAUGGAUGAUAGUCUUACCAUGGUAGGUGACUUACAGCCCGUGUCUUCACGAGAUUUCAUUGCAAAACUCAUCUCUAUAAAACCUGUAGUUAAGACAUCAAAGGAGGAUAUGGUUGACAGUGAAGAAAUUCAACCAGUUAGGAAGUCCUCGAGAAGCUUGGUCAGAAGGCAGAGGAUUCCUUCAGACUCUGAUGAUGAAGUGAUUCCUCCAACACAGUCUAAGGUGGAUGAUGGCAAGAAGAGUCUGGUCUCUACAACAGAUGAAGAAGCGGAAGAUGAUGAUAUUGGGAACAAGACGAAGGUAGUACCAGCAACAGACGAUGAAGGCAAUAGUGAAGAAGAUGCAUUUACGAAGAAAAUAGCCAAGAGUGAAAAGAAAAAGGAGACCGUAAAAGCUGAGAACAUGGGACAAGAUAAAAGUCGGUCCAGAAAGCUGACAAAGGAAGAUGCUGCUGCAUCAGCUGAUGAACGUCAGUUACCCCAGAAAGGAAAACCGGAAGUAUCAAGAGGAAGACCAAAGGAAAUAAAAAAGGUUGAAAGGCAAUGCACUCAAAGUAAGAAGAAGGUUGAUGUAAAGGAACUCCUCCAAGCAUUCACAGAAUUUGAUGAUCCUGACCACAGUUUGCGGUUAAAUGCAACUUGUAGAAAUGACAGUGUUGUAAUAGCAGAAUCUAUCAAGAAUUAUUCUCCAACAACUGAUCAGAGUGCUAAACACUUUGUGCCUUUGGAUGAGAUGGAAGAUCCUGGUGACGAAGAGGAAGUUUAUCAUCUUCCUCUCAAGGACAGCCCAAAUGAAUGUGGAAAGGGCAAAGCGAGGGGUCAGUCAAGGUCAAAGGGUCGUAGUCGAAGCAAGAAGAGGACUGAUUCGGAAGACUUUGAGUUAAAGUGUAGCAGUAAAGAAGGAAAGAGGGACAAAGUGGAUGGAUGUAAAAAUAUCGAAAGUGGAACAUAUUCGUUACCUUUAAAGGCAAGCCCCGAGGAAAAUAAGAGAAAAGAGUCCAGAUCUCGGAGUAAGUCAAGGUCAAGAGCUGAGAGAAGUUGCAGUCAACGCAAGAACUACAUUGAAGUGGAUUCUCAGGAUGAAGAUGAAGAGCAAUCAGAAGUCUCCAGCAGCAUUUCUAAUUCCAAGAAUGACGAAGGUAAAAAUGUGGAAAAUGGGGCAUCACCAUUGAAAGGAAGUACAGAUGACACAAAAAGAAAAGACUCAAGAUCUCCAAGUAGGUCGGAGUUAAGAAUGGAGAAAGGUCAAAGUAGGAGCAGUAACCAUAAUGAAGCAGCUUGUGGUGAUGAAGAUGAAAUACAAUUCAAAGAAACAAGCAUUCAUUCUUGGGAUGCUGAACCAACUGACAAGACAGAAAGUGAGACUUAUUCAAUACCUUUGAAAGGGAGUCCCGAAGUAACAAAAAAGAAAGACUCGAGAUCUAGAAGCAAGUCAAGGUCCAGAGUAGGGAAAGGUCACAGUCAGCGCAAGAAACAUACUGAAGCAGAUUCUGGUGAUGAAGUUGACAUACAACUUCAAAAAUCAAGCAGAAGUUCUGAUUCUAAAGGUGACAAACAAAAGAAAAAUGAAGAGGAAAAUGGAACAUACACAUUACAAGUGAAAGGAAGUCCAGAUGAACCAAAGGAAAAGAAUUCAAGGUCAAGGUCAAGAGUUCGGAAAGGUCAACACAAGAAGUAUGUUGAAGCCAGUUCUGAUGAUGAAGAGGAAGUACCGGAUGAAGAGUCAAGUGGACAUUCUGGAAAGGGAGAACAACUGAGUGGGAAGUCACAAAGUGAGAUAUGUAACAGGACAGAAAGUGAGACUUAUUCGUUACCUUUGAAAGGGAGUCAAGGUGAACCAAAAAAGAAAGACUCAAGAUCUCGAAGCAAGUCAAGGUCGCGAGUCGAGAGAGGUCGCAGUCAACGAAAGAAAUACACUGAAGCAGAUUCUGAUGAAGAUGACAUACAGUUGGAAGAAUCAAGUGCAAAAGCUGAUCCACCCAGCAAUAAGUCACAAAGUGAAACAUAUUCAUUACCUUUGAAAGGAAGUCCAGAGGUACCAAAGAAAAAAGACUCGAGAUCCCGAAGCAAGUCAAGGUCGCAAGUCGAGAGAGGUCGCAGUCAACGAAAGAAAUACACUGAAGCAGAUUCUGAUGAAGAUGACAUACAGUUGGAAGAAUCAAGUGCAAAAGCUGAUCCACCCAGCAAUAAGUCACAAAGUGAAACAUAUUCAUUACCUUUGAAAGGAAGUCCAGAGGUACCAAAGAAAAAAGACUCGAGAUCCCGGAGCAAGUCAAGGUCACGGGUUGAGAAAGGUCGCAGCCAAAGUAAAAAGCAUGCUGUUUACGAGGAAGCAACACCUGAUAGAAACAAAGGAAAUGACUCGAAAUCCCAAUCAAGAAGGGAAAGUCUUCAGAUCACAGUUGAUGCCGAGCAGUCAACAGAUAGUGGUAAGAGAAGUGUCAAGAAACUGCAUAAAAGAAAAUCAGAUGAGGAGAUCUCUCAGACCCCAUCUGAGGAGAAAACAAAUAAAGACAACAAGACAAAUCCUUCAUCAGAAAUUAAAAGCGCCAAGUCUACGGGGAAGAAAUCGGCCAAGAAGAAGUUGGAGGUGACAGCAGACAAACCUGCCCGCAGCAAGGAGAGUCAACAGGCUGAGCUGAAAGUGAUGUUCAAUGAGCUGAAGCGCAAGUUGUCCAUGCUUCCCAACCCUACAGAGAGGAUGUCGCUAUAUGAUCUCGCUCGCAGGGACAGAGAAGGAGAACGGAGAUCUGAAGAGGAAGAGAGAAUCUGAGGAAAUGGGGGAAGGAGGAGAGAAGAGGUCACGGAGAGGGGUUGCAGUCAGCUACAAGGAACCUUUAAUGAACUCGAAGCUUCGUCGAGGAGAUCCAGGCACAUCCCAUUUCUUCACUAAGGCACCUUUGAAGCUGUUCAAAUCUCCCAAACCAGCUAAAAAUGAGCGAGACAGCCUUGAUGUCAGUGUUCUGGACAAUAUUUCCAACACAGUGAACAGCAGUGAUUGACAGAUCUGGCAGAUAAUGUGAAACUCACAAGCUGUUCUCAUCUCACCAGAGUGGAACCUUAGGAAUGAAAUCCUGUCAAGCAUAUGUAUAAAGGAGUCACUGUGAAUCUAGGCAUGUCUAGGUUACAUCUUGAUAGGCAUGUGUGUCUGAGUUCCACCAGGACAAGCGUGUGUGUCUGAGUUCCACCAGGACAAGCAUGUGUGUCUGAGUUCCACCAGGACAAGCGUGUGUGUCUGAGUUCCACUAGGACAAGCAUGUGUGUCUGAGUUCCACCAGGACAAGCCUGUGUGUCUGAGUUCCACCAGGACAAGCAUGUGUGUCUGAGUUCCACCAGGACAAGCAUGUGUGUCUGAGUUCCACCAGGACAAGCAUGUGUGUCUGAGUUCCACCAGGACAAGCAUGUGUGUCUGAGUUCCACCAGGACAAGCAUGUGUGUCUGAGUUCCACCAGGACAAGCAUGUGUGUCUGAGUUCCAUCAGGACAAGCAUGUGUGUCAGGACUACAGCUCCACAAGCUUUUGUCUCUGGCUUACAGCUCAGUAAAUGAGUGUCAGGAUUAUAGAUAACCGGAGUGUAG